AUGCCACGACAGGAGGAGGGGCCGGAGAGCGCGCGUUAUUCGUGGAAAGACCUUGCUACAUCGCAAGCGUUUACGGAUGCAUUGCGUCGUGAUGUACAUAUUCUCGUCGACGCCUUUGCACUGACAUGGAUAUGGCUUGAUACCCAACCUCAACCUGAUACGCCGUCGUCGUCGUUCCUGCGCUGGGAGUAUGGUCCCUUUACGGUAUUUGAGCGCGUGUGGAUUCGGAAUCACUGGCACCAUGCGAGUAGUACCCUCGGCACAUACAAGGCGAUUCGCCGUGAUUUUAGUGAUAUGGUGAUACGCGCCUUUCUUGACGAGUUGGCGCCUGUGAGUGCGCCACAAGACACGACGUCGUUGCGCUUGCUACAUGCCGUGGGCGCGGCAUUUGGUUUGGCUUGCUGGUGGUAUGCACAGCCGCCAGGUACGUACGAGGCUUUGCCAUUGGACACAGAGGCCUAUCGCGCCCUCAUCGAGUUGCCUGAGCGCGCGCGAACGGUAUUGGACGGCGAGGCCCAUGGGCAUCGCAUUCCCCCCUCGUCGGAUAUGGCUUACGUGGUGCAGCAGCUCUUGUCUGGUCCAUAUCAUGUGUACGUCGUGCCCCUUACCUCGCCUCGUCUCUGUGCCUCGACGACCCUGCAUGCCAAGGCACAUGCAUGGCCCGAGGCCACGGGCGCCAUGGACGCGCUGGGCAUCCCGGGCGCUACGUCGCAGGCAGGUGCAAGUGCCAACACAGCCCAGGCCUUAGAGAACUUGUCCCUGGCCCAGACGAACUAUGCGGCACGACAUGUGGACGUAUCGUGGCAAGACUGA